AUGAAGCCGCCAACUCCCAGCAUCACACCCGGCAACGACGAGUUCGGCUUCGAGCCAUGCGCAGCGACGGCCUCGUUUCUGCUGUAUGCCCAGCGGAAUGUCAUCCUUUGCCUGCACCACGACACGCUCGCCAUUGAGCGCCGUUUUACUCGCCAUCGAGAGGACGUGACGUGGAUUUCGGUGGACAAUGUGAGCGAGAGAGGUGCUGGACGGCUCGUUGUGAGCUAUGAUGCCGGCAGCACGGCGAUUGUGUGGGAUCUAUUUACCGGAGAGGAGGUUGCGCGGUUCGCCUCCUACGAGCAGAUCCGGGUGGCUGCGUGGAUGCGGAACGGCAAUGUUGCGUUUGGCAAUGCCCAAGGAAACGUAAUUCUGUUUGAGCCGUCGACUUCCGAGCAUAUUUCAUCAAGGACUAUUUUCGACCCAAUCACUGCCCUGGCGCCCGCGGCGGACUGUAGAACGUUUGCAAUUGGUUACUUGAACGGAUCUAUUCUUAUCACGACCCUUCAACCGACAUUUACAAUUCUCCACACUCUCACAACCCCAAGAGCGCCAUCGCCGCUUGUAGGAUUGGCCUGGCAUGGAUCGUCUUCCAAGCAGAAGUCGGAGAUGUUGGCGACGCAGACUUCGGAUGGAGACCUGCGGGUGUGGAGCGUGCCCAAGGCGCCCCAUGGGGAUGCGCCCUGUGUAAUAAGGAUCUUGAACAAAUCCGAAAGCUACAGGGAACCCGGGCCAUGCUGGUUCGGUUGGUCGAAGAACGGACGCAUCGUGCAAUAUUCUGAGGGCCAAACUUGUUCGUGGGAUGUUCGCACGAAGAGGGUAUCGUAUGAGCCAGUGCCUACUAUCGAUGGAAUUGUUGCCAUUGCCAAUUAUGGGCCAACUGCAACGCUGUUCACCUUGGGCCGAAACCACACGGUUCAGCAGUACGACAUCAACCCGAAUGGCACCGCCGUGAUGGUCGCCGAUAAACAACAUCCUCCUGCGAAUACUCCUCCGUCUCCACCAGUGUCCUUGGAGGAGCGAAGAAGAAAGGGUGUGAACGAGACUCCAGUGACAGCGCAUCCUGCAGGUAAACUAAUGGUUCCAAUGCUUCCCGUGUAUAUCGAGUCGGAGUCUAGCGAAGGGGAGGGCGUGGCAAUGUCUCCUCUGCAGAAAAUAGCGCAAGAGAUGGAUCAGCUAGAGGAAGAAAGGCGGGAUCGAGUUGGUCCACUAAGUCCAGUAUCCAGCAGAGGUUCGCAAAGCUCAAGAUCUUCCGGCGGGUCUCGAGGCGGCGGGCCUAAAUACCGCUACGACAAGCCUUCGACAGCUUCGACGAGGUCCUCUAAAGCAUCCAUGAGCUCCGCGGGUACAGGAACGAUUUUCUCCUCGGGUUCCUCCUCUGUUCCCAUGUCAUCUGGGGAUAGCAUCUCCAUUCGAUCUUACUCUACCACAUCCUCAAAACCUUCAUACAAAUCCUCGAGCCUACGAAAUCAAAUCAUGCAUAGCCCCGACGAUGUUAAGAAGCCCAAAUUUUUCGACCUGUUCCCGUACACAAAAGCUCGACUCAGCGACGUGAGUUUCAAGACACCGCAGUAUGGCCAGCAACGUACUCCAGACGAUCUGCGACAGCAGAUGCUCAGUGUUGUAUUUGGGUGGGACGACGAUAUCGAGACUCUAAUUCGCGACGAGCUUGCUCGGCACGCCCCUGGCACGCCUGCUUCCGUGCUACUCUCAAAAUGGCUUGGAGACCUUGGAGCCGAUAUGAUGGCUUCUAUGGUCGGAUCGCAAUCUAUGACUUCCUCAGACUGGAUGCUUUUAGCUCUUAGCUCUAUGGGCCAAGAUUCUCAGAAGAAGGUCGGCGAGACUUUUGUUCAACGACUGCUUGAGAAGGGCGACAUCCACCCGGCGGUCGCCAUUCUUCUAGGUCUGGGUGAACCGAACGAGGCGAUUGAAGUCUACGUGUCUCGCAAAUACUUCAUGGAAGCCAUUCUGCUUACCUGUCUGCUUCUACCAAAUGACUGGCAGCGACAGUCGUUCCUGGUGCGCAAGUGGGGUGAGGUGGCUGUCUCGCAUGGCAAACCAGAGCUUGCAGUACGCUGCUUCUCCUGCACCAGCCUCGAGUCUUCGGAGCCUUGGUUCUCCCCACGCGCCCAAGACGCGGUUUUUUCGGCACAGAAACAGGUUCUUCUAGGAUCGCAGCUUAGCCCGCCACUCUCUCCUCCCGGUGGUCAAGUUCCUAGCCGCAUCACGGCGAAGUUGUCGGCACUCAAAUUGGUCACCAAUUUCGGCGAGAAGCCCUCUCCUCAGAUGCUCUCAACCACUGAUGAGCAGACGCCUAUGAACGUUGGAGUUACACCCAUUGCCGAAUCUGCCCUUAGUCCAGCUGGUGCCACAAACCAAUGGCUGCGACCCAGUACUCGGGGUCUGCGAGAACCAUCUUCGGCCAGGACUGCUACUCCAGGAGCAUACCGACGCAAACGCCUUCCGUCCAAAUCCGACGCUGACCGUUCUGAACGACAGGAGCGUGGACCAACCUCGAAUCUUGCAGCGCUGGUCAUCCCUGAUCGCAUGCCUGAGCGGAGCGCACGUGUGGACACUGCUAUUCCCCAAACCGCAGUAGACACAACUGGCAGGGAGGGUCAGACGAUCCCUUUCUCCCAUCGCCGUGCUUCGUCCUCUAGUGCACCUCAGGAUUUCACCCUUAGUGCAACCACCUACGAUCCCAGGAAUAGUAGCAGCAGCAACGCAAAGCAAGCAAGCGUCCCAGCUCCCUCCGAUGGCGUCUUCGCUACUCUUAGGCAGCAGUCUCGUUCGAGAAAUGGUUCAAGGGCUAGGAAACCGGACGGCCUUCAUUUAGAAGUGCAUGAGACCAUUGAUAGCGUCUCACAUUCCGCUCUCAGUGGUACUGAGCUCAGCCCACCUUUGACUGGAGCGAGCGUAAAAAGCGCAAAGGCUCGAAGCAUCGACCAAUACAUCAGCAGUCUGGAGGAAGCCAAUUUCUAUGCUCGUCAACAUGCUGGUGGGAGCCGCAAUGAGAACCGCACUCCGAAACCACCUCCAGAGGUUAUACGCCCCGAAAGCCGCAACGCGCGAGCUCGUAGUCGGCCUCGCGAUCUUUCUGAAAGUCGUGGCCGAUCUGGUGUUCGAUACAUCCGACCCGCGAAACGCUCUCCAUCUUCUCCCGUGCCAAUGUCUCCCGAAGACGCUGGAAUUUAUCCUCGUUCCAAGAAGGAAGCCAGUACAAACACUGAAAAUUUUGAUGACGAGCGCUACUACAGGGUCUCUUCUCCCAUUGAGUCUAUAGCUGAGUCUGUAGCGAGCAGCAGGCCAAGACAUCGCAGCCGUAGCAGGGCGGCUACUAAGGCUCGGUCAUCUUCGAAGGCUCCUCGACGCGUAGAAUCCCCAGACCGUGUGAAAGCCGGCAGUAGGGCCACAAGCAGAGCCACAAGCCGUCGUCCCGCAGAAGAUCGAGGCCGGAGCAACACUCGAGGUGAUGCACCUAUUGCCCGAUCGCCGUCUUCUCCACUUCCCAUGAACUCACAAGCCUUGUUCUACCGAGACGACGAUGAUGGCCGUGAUGACGAGCCAGUACGACCACGACAACGAAGCACAAGUCGCCGACCUCAAGAACGAGGCACCAGUGCCCGUCGUGAUGCUUCCCCCGACCGCCGAAUGGCCGCAAGCCGAAGAGGUACUCCUGCUCCGUCACUGAGAGGGCAAAGCCGGUCACGUCAAAACCUGCGGGAACCAUCUCCUGACAGAAGCGAGAGACCUGAAAGCUACCACUCAAACAACUCUAGUGUAAGGUCGGGCAACACGGGCAGGGAACAAUUAGCGCCUCAGCCUUCUCAUCUCCGAAUGAUGUCCCGGAAGGAGCUUGCUGCCCGGGAGUUGGAGGAAAGACGCUUGUCGUUGGCUCGUCGUCCUUCGGCACCAAUUAUCCCUCACCCUGGUGACCUAGCUCAUCGCCCAAUUUUCUCAGAGCGUUCUCAGACCGAUCUGGGUAACAGUCCCUCGUAUCUCUCGAGCCAGGCCGACCCCAUCAUGCGCAGCCAGACCGCUGACCCUGAGGUGCAAAAGCGCUACUCCCCUAAGCAGAUGGCUUUGCCGCCGUAUGCCAUUGGCCUACCAGCUACUCCAAGGGCUAUGCGCCACCCUAAGUAUAUGCACGGCGACCCAAAUAACGGCGAGGUUAUUCCUGCCGUGCCAACUAUUCCAGACAACCUGGGUAUGUUGCAGUCGUCUGAGGAAUUGCAGGCCGACGAUUCUCUUGGUCCUUUGCUUCCCGCUACCGUAUAUGGCCAAAAAAUCUCCCAGCCACCAAGGUCUGCGUCGGCACCUCCAGAGAAAUUCCAGGGAAACUUCCAGAAGACUGCUCCUGUCCAACAGCAACCGCCUCCCGUACGUCGUGGCUCUCUCAAUAACCGCGGUCACUCUCGAAUGAACACACCGCCAGAGGUUGGUGUCAACUACAAACGAGUAAGCCCGCCGCCGUUCAGAGCCAGCAUUGAUGAAACGCUGCACGAGAACCAGAUCGUCAUCAUCGAACAGGACCCUAACGCUCCGCCAAUGCUUGCUGAGCUUCAGCAUCUCGCUGGCCCUCCACCGCCUCCACCACCACCACUUGCAUUCGGCCACAGUCCUAAGAGCAGCCUUGGGGUCAUUAACAUCGCCAUCGACGAGAAGCCUACUGGCACGAGUCAGACGACUUCGCCACUACUUGAAACGUCUCCUCCCGUGACUACUUCUCCUCUCACCCACCGUCGUGGACGUGGAAGCGUGAGCGAGAACAUCGGAGCCAAGUUCCGGUCAGUCACAGAGCGGAUGCGCAGCACCAGCCGUAACAGAGUCAGAUCACCGCAGUCUGAUCAAGCCCACAAUCCGUCUCCCUACGAGAGCAUCCCGCCGCCAAUCCCGUUCCCUCGCAAUGCGCGUUCGCCCACUGAGCACACCGUGUCACAGUACGGCGCUAUCCCUCCACCCCCACCGCCGCCAGCCCCAGGAAGUGGCGGUCAAAUGAUGGAGCAGGUCAUCCCACCGGACGACGCGAGCAUGUCGAGGCGCGAGACGCAGUCACAGUUUUACCGGAACCCAAAAGAGAUCAGAGCCAACAUGCCUCCGGAGCAGCUGCAACAAGGCGUGUACCAGCCCGAGGCGGGCAUGAUCUGA